AUGAGCAUUUCAGUGAUAGUGCCAUUCGCUCUCCAAAUGAACACAGCAAAAAAGCUGAAAAUUUCAAAUGGGACAUGGCCAAUGGGAGCCAUACUCCAAAUCUUGUGAGUUUCAUCAAUAGACUUAUGAAUUACAGGUCACAUUAAUAACAAAUGCACACAAUCUCAAAUAGUUUUACACAAAAACUUCAACUUAAUCUUAAUAUCUUAAAUUCUGCACUAAUUCUUUAUUGAGUAUUAAAUUUAAACAAUGCUUGAUUAUUUUAUUAAAUCACUUAUCAUCACUCAGCUAUAACAAAGCUAUUAAAUAAUUUUAGAAUCCAAAACUUUAUAUAUUUGCAUUAAAAUAACGAACCCCCGCAAAUCUUAUUUUAUUGCAAAAUUUUUCUAUGUAAGAUUCCCUAAAAGCAUUUUUUGUCAAUGAUUUUCUAAUUAUAUUCGUGUCAUUUUUUUGUAACAAAGAUUUUGCAUAUUGUUUUAGUCUAAUUUGAAACAACAGAAUAAUCAAAAGAUAUUAAAGUAUAAAAAAGCACAACACGCCGUAUUGAGGCUGUUAAAACUAAAUGCGCCAGAAUGGUUCUUCAUCACUUGUGGCUUGAUCGGAGGAUCGCUAAGUGGUUUUAUGCAGUGUAUUUGGGCCUUCAUCAGUGGCACCAUUCUUCAGGUAACAAAUCUUUAUACAAUAAUUUCUUAAAGAGAAAUCUUAUUUUAAAUACUGGUUGUUAAUAUAUCCAAAGUUGAUGCCUAAUAUUAAAAUGUAGAUUAAUGGCAUUAUCUCAUUAGUAAUGGAUCUUACGUCAAUUGAUACGUCCCAAACUCAGGCUUGUGUACUGUGUUGGAAUGUUUGCAAAAUGGAUGUACUAUUCUUUAGGUAUAAUAACUGGCUGUGAUCUUAGAUAGUUAUUUAUUUUAAUGACAUUGUUGACAGAUAACAUCAAUUGAAGAGGGUUGACAUUUGGCUCAUGUCCUUUUGGUCCAUUAUAAUAUGUAAUAUAUAUGCAUGUGCCACUUAUAUGCAAUAGCAUAUAAAACAUUGAUUUCAAUCCUUAUUGUCUUGACCAGGCUUUGUCUUCUGUAGACUUGCAGUUCCAGGAGAGGGCAAUGAAUAACUCAAGUCUUUUGAGUGUUGGCCUUGCUUUUUUUGUAAUCAUCACAAACCUAGCUCAGGUUAGACACAUUUUAUAA